GUGCUGCUGGUGAGGGGGGCGGGGGUGAGAGCCAUAAGAGACGGGGACAUGACGAAACAGCAGCGCGGAGGAGGACGGACAAACUAGGCUGAGAGACGGACGGACAGUCAGUCGCCUUUACCCCCUCCUCCUCCUCCUCCUCUUCCUCAUCCUCAUCCUCAUCCUCCUCCUCCUCGCUGACGGCUUGACUGACACACACAUGCACGCACGCACGCACGCUCGCACAGGCGCUUGGCACAUACAUGCACAUCAUUCACUUUUUUUUUUCCGGCUGCGCAUCCUGGAGUAAUUGGGCACCGGGAGCUCCACAGCAGAGGAGGGCAUCGCAUGUCCAGCCUGGCCGGGAAUCAGUGUGACCCCCGACGGAUAGGAGUUCUCCACUUGACAGGAUGGGGGGAGUAAGUGAAGGAGAUGAUGUUUUGGCUCGAUGGAGUGAUGGACUACUGUACCUCGGCAAUGUAAAAAGAGUCGACGGCGUCAAGCAAUGUUGCCUGGUGAGAUUUGAGGACAACUCCGAGUUCUGGGUGCUGAGAAAGGACAUUCACUCCUUUGCCGCUGGAGUGGAAGAAGUUUGCUGUAUCUGUGACGCGCCGCCUCUUAAAGAACCCCUCAUAAAUUGUCUUAAAUGUCGCCACGGUUAUCAUCCAGAGUGCCACACGCCAACCAUCGAACCGGAAGCUGACAGCGACUCGUGGAUAUGUCGGCAAUGUGUCUUUGCAGUCGCAACCAAGAGAGGCGGGGCCCUCAAGCGGGGACGCUUUGCCCGGCUCAUGCAGUUUAUGAAACUCCGACUCCCUUACCAGCUGUCGUCUCUGGACUGGGACCCGCAGCACCUGACCAAUCAGCAGCAGUGUUACUGCUACUGUGCCGGACCUGGAGAGUGGAACCUGAAGAUGCUGCAGUGCGGAGGCUGUGGUCAGUGGUUCCACGAGGCCUGUACACAGUGUCUAACAAAGCCAUUACUGUAUGGAGACAGGUUUUAUCAGUUCCAGUGCUCCGUGUGCACAAAGGGACCAGAGACCAUCCAAAGACUACCCAUGACCUGGGUGGACUUGGCUCACCUAGUUCUCUACCAUCUCUCGCUGUGCUGCAAGAGGAAAUACUUUGAUUUUGACCAUGAAAUCCUGUCCUUCACCAACGAGAACUGGGACUCGUUGCUCCUAGGCGCGCUCUCUGACACGCCGAAGCAGGACCGCUGUCACAAUCUCCUCAACGCUCUGAACUCCCACAAGGACAGGUUCGUUUCCGGAAAGGAGAUCAAGAAGAAGAAGUGUCUUUUUGGGCUCCAGGUCCGAGCCCCACCUCCGCUGACCUCCGAUUCGUCUCCCCUUAUCACAGAGCCACCUAUCAACAUCACACACCGCAGAAGCCCGCUGUCACUGCCCUGCCAGAGGAGAGUCGGGGGGCCCGAGUCACGUAAAUCAAAGCGUCGCAUCAUGGAGACACAGGCUUGUCCACCUCCGGUCGCUGCCAACCCCAUCGAGCUGCUGCCAUGUUGUCAUGGUUACAUGGGAGAGGCCAACCUUUACAACUCCAGGAAGUCCGAGGAGGAGCUUAACCUGAGCUCUCCUCCCAAACGGAUGUACGGCCGCUACCACACCACCUACAAUGGAAACACUGCACUCUCCAGGAGCCUCCAUCACUACAACAGCAUGGAGGACACCUGCAGGUUACCCCCCCCCUGCUUCCCUUACCCUCUCAAUUCCAAUGGCAGCCAUCACCACCACCACCUCCACCAGCACCAUCACAGCCACCAACACAACAGCAACAACCACCAACACCAGCACCAACCGGGGCAGAAGCCGCUGGAGCCCCUCAUCCUGCGAGAUUUGCCCCCUUACCAGGCCGGCAUGGGCGGAGGCGGUGGCGUAGGUGGAGGAGGAGGAAGCGGAGGGGGUGGCGGUGGCGGUGGCGGCGGCGGCGGAGGAGGAGGAGGAGGAGGAGGAGGAGGAGGUGGAGGGCUGGUGGGAGUCGGAGGAGGCGGGACAGUGGCCAGGAGCUGGGGUGGAGGGGAGGCGGUGAGGAUCUUGGCGAGACGCGUGACGCCGGACGGGAAGGUUCAAUACCUGGUGGAGUGGGAGAACUGCCUAUAUGGGUUGUGUACCUGCCAAUCGCCCAAUCGGACGACACAUGACACGAGGCCACAUUGCUCACAAGCGAGAGGAUGGCUCUCCGUCAGUUAAAGGAGACAUGUGAUGCCUUUUCAGUUCAGAGAACGCUGCUCGGUACUUCCUGGGAAUCGUGAUGUCACAACGAGCGGCAGCAGCGAACAGUUGGAGGAAAGUGAUCGGGGCGCGUAAAAACUUUUUUCUUAAAAUUAAAAGCAUGAGCACGAUAUGUCUCCUUUAACAGACACAACCACGUGGGUAAACGACGAGCCGUUAUCACGUUGAGCCGAGUUUUUAAACGAGAACUGGACUGUGAUCUAACUGUACAUUCCAAACAAAAGAAAUUUACUUUAAACGUUACCGAAACGUCAUCAGAAGGGACUUUAUUUUGAAAGGAUGCGUGUUUUUUGAAGGUGCAGCCACUCUGCUGCUGCUGUUCAGUUUCCUGACGCAGGAAGUUCAAUCCUGGGGUUCAGAGUUGCAGUGCAGGUGAAGAAGACGCUGACAGGCCCGACUCACUCCAACCCAGAGUCUCUUAUUUUGAAGGUACAACAUGAAAACGAGGCCUGGCGGAUCAUGUCCCCUCUUCUCGGGUUUUCUUUUUCUUUGUUACAUCAUUCUAGAAAAACUGUGGUGCAAGUUUCAGAGUUUAUAUUUUAUACAGAGGUUUAUUUCAGUGAUCUGUCGGAUAAAACUUACACCACUUAUACAUUUGUCAGUUUUAUCUUGGAAGAAAGUUUGUGUUGUUGUUUUAGAAAAAGAAAAAGACGAGUGCAGCGUUUCAACUGUUCAUCAGACCGAUGCAGACCUCUCAGAUUUGAUUUCAACACAGUCCUCUCUGUUGAGCUCUCUCCUCAGUGACUGUUUGACAGUAGUUUAUCAGGAAGGUCGGAACCUUUCCAGGCGAUGGUGAUGAAUGUAUCUGUGUGUUUUCUAUGGUAUGUCUAUACCCGUCAAGUGCUUGUUAUAGGUUGUACUCAAGGUGGAACUCAACCAGAUUAGUUUGAAACUAAAUAGGAGGAGGAGUUAAAGGACGUCCAGCAUUGAGGAACAGACUUUUAUUUUGGUGGAGAGGUAUAGUCUUCUUUCUUUCUUAUUGGUAGUCAAGUCCAAGUUCACUUUGAUGUAUUUUUGGAGAAAUUACGUUUGUACAUGUAUACUCUGCAUUGACGCACCUAAUAUGUAA